UGUGUACGUGUACGUGUCUAUUCAAUUUCUAUUCAAGUUUGUGAAAAUGGACGUACACAGUGCUAGUGCUGCCAGUGUUGAUGACUUAAGUGCCGUGAGAGAUGCCAUCAAGAGGGGAGAGGAUGUUAAUAGUGUGAAUAAAGAUGGGUGUACUCCACUCCAAUUGGCAGCCAAGAAAGGUCACACUGACUAUGUUCGAGAGCUGCUCUCGUGUGGAGCCGUGGUGGACAUAGCAGAUGAGGAUGGGGUCACUCCCCUCAUGCAGGCAGCCUUGCAUGGACAUGAAGAUACUGUCAAGGAGCUUCUCUCAUCAGGGGCUUUGAUUGACAACACUAAUAAACAUGGACAGACUGCUCUGAUGUUGGCCUCUAACCCUUCAACUAUCGAGCUUUUGGAAGAAGCUGCUAAAUCACUUUCACGUCCACAGUUUGUUCGGGUCCUUCCCAAAAACUGGACAGUUGUCACUGACACAGAAACGAAGAAGCAGGUCUACCAGAACAAGACAGCAGGAGAAACCCUCUCCACACCACCUGGAUAUCCCCUCCACCAAAGCUCUGCACACCCUGGUGUUACUUUCUAUGACGAGCCUCUAGAGAAGAGGUUCACCUCCACUGGUGGACAUGCCGACUUUGAAAAUGGAGUUGAAGUGACUGUUCCUGCUCAUGCUGUCCCAGCAGGAACCUCUGUGGGCAUUAAAGUCCAACCCGGCCUUGCCCCCAAGGGUGUGUUUGUGAUACCUGGGGGCAUUCAGUCUGCAAGUCCGUCCUACUUGAUCUCUGGUGAAGGUAUAAACGGAGAGGUGACCCUGAGCAUGGAGCAUCAUGUGCGAGUGUCCACCCAACAAGAAGCUAAUGACCUCGUUUUUCUCCAAGCUGACUCAUCUCCCAAGAUAGUCGGUUCAAAGAGUGUCUAUGUGUACCGGGAGGUACCGGACGGCAGAUCAGAGUUCAAUCCUAGAGAAAACACUGGGAGACUGACCAGACGUUUGCCAAAGAAGCAGUUCUUGAAAGUUGGUCUUCGAUUUUAAAACUCAACCCACUACACACUGACUUGGUCAGAGAAUUUGACAGCAAAGAGAAUAAUUAGACAGCAAGAGUUAGUACAUGUAGUUUGUCAACAAUGUGUAUGAGAUUAUGGCUUGCACGCAAGUUGGCUUCUUUUUUAGUGAGACGCACUGCACUGUUUUUAUUCAUUGAUUAGCGUAGGAAUUUAUACUGACAUUGUUAUAAUUAUGA